AUGUCCACCACCCCGGACAUCGAAGACGCCCUCGUCACCUUCACCCUCUCCCGCAAAACCGUCCGCUGGCACGCCACCUCCAACCUCUCCAUCCUCGAGCUCGCCGAGCAAGCCGGCCUGAAACCAGACUACGGCUGCCGCAGCGCCAUGUGCGGGACGUGCGAGGUGUAUGGCCCGGAGGGGGAUGGGCCGCAGGGGAUUUUUAUUUGUCGGAGUAAGCCGGCGACGAGGGAGGUGGAGAUUGAGUUGUGA